AUGGAGCUCACUGAUAAAGCAGAUGAUGCAAAGCAGGCCGCGGCAAAGGCAGAAUACGACAAGCUCCUCACCCUACGCUCUGGCGGUACCUAUAUCCCUCCGGCGCGCCUCAGAGCUCUCCAAUCCCAGAUCACCGAUAAAAGCAGCAAGGAAUACCAGCGCAUGGCAUGGGAAGCUUUGAAAAAGUCCAUCAAUGGCCUGAUCAACAAGGUCAACGUCUCGAACAUCAAAUUCAUCGUCCCAGAGCUGUUUGGAGAGAACCUGAUCAGAGGUCGAGGACUCUUCUGCAGGAGCAUCAUGAAGGCACAGGCUGCCAGUUUGCCGUUCACCCCGAUCUACGCAGCUAUGGUCGCUAUCGUCAAUACCAAACUACCAAAUGUUGGCGAGCUCCUGCUCAAGCGCCUCAUUACGCAGUUCAAGAAGGGCUUCAAACGAAACGACAAGGCAGUCUGUCUCUCCGCGACGACAUUUAUCGCACAGCUGUGCAACCAGCAAGUUGCGCACGAGAUAUUGGCAGCACAAAUACUGCUACUUCUACUGAACAAGCCUACAGACGAUAGUGUGGAGAUCGCAGUUGGCCUGACGAGGGAGGUUGGGCAGCACCUCGAGGAAAUGAAUCAGGCUAUCGCAAUUGCCGUCUUUGAUCAAUUUAGGAACAUUCUGAAUGAAGCUGAUAUUGAUAAGAGAGUCCAGUACAUGAUUGAAGUCUUGUUCCAAGUCAGAAAGGAUAAAUACAAGGAUAACCCCGCAAUCAAGGAUGAACUGGACCUGGUCGAAGAGGAAGACCAGAUCACACACAAGAGCUCUCUCGAAGAUGACAUCGAUGUGCAAGACAGCCUGAACGUUUUCAAGUUUGAUCCAAAGUGGGAGGAGAAUGAAGAGCUAUAUCAGCGAACUAAAGCGGAAAUUCUGGGAGAAGGGAGUGACGAGGAAGGAGACGAAGACGACAGCGACGACAGUGAGGAUGAUGAGGAGAAACAAGAAGAGAAAGCUCUGGAAAUUAAAGACCAAAGCAACGCCGACCUUGUCGCCCUGCGGAAAACGAUAUACUUGACGAUCAUGUCGAGUAUUGAUCCCGAAGAAUGUGUUCACAAGCUGAUGAAGGUCAACCUCCCAGCUGGCUUCGAGCAAGAACUCCCGUCGAUGAUCAUCGAAUGCUGCUCCCAGGAGAAGACAUACUCCAAGUUCUAUGGCCUGAUUGGAGAGCGAUUUGCAAAGAUCAAUCGUCUCUGGACCGACUUGUUCGAGCAGUCCUUUAUCAAAUACUACGAUACGAUACAUCGAUACGAGACGAACAGACUUCGGAACAUUGCACGAUUCUUUGGACACAUGCUCAGCUCUGACGCUUUUGGAUGGCAUGUGUUUUCAGUGAUUCACUUGAAUGAGGACGAGACUACCUCAAGCAGUCGUAUCUUCAUCAAGAUUCUCUUCGAGGAUUUGGCUGAAGCAAUGGGUAUGGCGAAGUUGCAGACCCGGCUGAAGGACAACACACUACGUCCAUAUUUCGAAGGCAUAUUCCCCCGCGACAAUGACCGUAAUACGAGGUUCUCAAUCAAUUAUUUCACUUCUAUCAAAAUGGGCCCCCUAACAGAGGAGAUGCGAGAGUUCUUGGCGAACAAACCAAAGCCUGCUUUGCCAGCCCCACCACCAGCUGACGACUCGUCGGACUCUGAAUCGAGUUAUUCUUCGUAUACAGGCUCGUCAUAUUCUCGGUCGCGAAGCCGAUCUCGAUCCCGAUCUCGAUCCCGAAGCCGAUCCCCUCCCGGAAGAUCGCGGACUACCAAGAGACGAGACUACUCGGAAGAUCGGUCACGCUCUGUUUCUCGCUCCCUCUCUCGGUCACGCUCUGUUUCUUUCUCCCCCUCUCCGUCACGCUCACCAUCCCCACGUCGAAGCCGCCGAAGAUCCUACACGCCUGACGACCGCAGUCUAUCUCCUCCUAGAAGACGCAGAAGCAGCCCGUCUCCUACAAGGGGUCGAAGCCCGUCACCCCGUAGACGACGAAUGAGUCCGUUGCCCCCUCGACGUCGAAGCCCUUCCCCAGCUCCCAGGAGAAGAAGGAGAAGUUCGACACCCCCUCCCAGGAGACGAAACUCAUCUUCGCCACCUAGUAAACGAAGUCUAUCGCCUGCACCUAAAAGAAGAAGGCUGUCUUAG